ACUCGAUGGCUGCGAGAGUGUUGAUGCGGUUCGUGAGCAGCAGGACUUUAACGCAGUCCCGUGCGAGAGGCGCCGGUGUCAGGGGAACACACCGCUUCUAUUGGACCACUUCCAGAAGCGCUGCUGCUGCUCUCACUAGUGGACGAGCUGCGUUGCUCCUGGGGCUCCCUGCUCUCUCCUGCCUGGGGUAUGAAGCUUAUCGCCGGGUGCAGGGGUCAGCCGUGCUGCACGCCGUCGGAAAAGAGGAGGUUCUGGAGCAGGCCGACUACCUGUACAGCUGCGCGGAGACGGAGAAACUCUACCAGCUGCUGCUGCAGCACAAGGACAGUGAUGAUGCAGAGUUCCUGUGGAGGCUGGCCCGGGCGUCCCGUGACCUGACCCUCCUGCCCGGCAUGGAGGGCAAGCGGAAGAAGCAGCUGACAUUCGAGGCCUUUGAAUAUGCCAAGAGGGCACUAGAGAAAGAUGAAAAAUGUUUCGCUGCACACAAAUGGUACGCCGUAUGCCUCAGUGACGUCGGGGACUACGAGGGAAUCAAAGUGAAAAUUGGGAACUCGUACAUCAUCAGGGAACACCUAGAGAGGGCCAUCGAGCUCAAUGCCAAAGAUGCCACUUCCUUACACAUCUUGGGUUACUGGUGCUUUGCUUUUGCCGAGCUGCCGUGGUAUCAGCGCAAGGUGGCGGCUGCUCUUUUUUCAUCCCCGCCUGUGGCCACUUACGAGGAGGCUUUGGAAUUCUUCCUGAAAGCUGAAGAAGUUGAUCCCGACUUCUACAGUAAAAACCUGCUGAUGCUGGGGAAGACCUACAUGGCCAUGAAAGACAAGCAGAGAGCAGAGCUCUGGUUGACCAAAGCGAAAGAUUACCCUGCUCAUACGCUGGAAGACAAAGAGGUCCAUAAAGAAGCCGUCGAUCUCCUGAAGAAACUAGGAUGAAGCUCCGUUCACCUCCCGGUGCAACAUGAUGCCUUCCAUAGCGUUUAGACUGUUAAUUAUUGCUCACACAAUUAGCCAGUGUCCAUACGUCCAUUUAAAACCACAAUAUACACUUACAAAUAGUGAACUCUAUCUGAACAUUUGCUUCUACUGUGACUGUAGUUUGUGUAGUGUUUUAUAAAUAAAUUACAUUUUUAAAUCAAA